AUGUCGACCCGCAAUCUCACCAACGUCCCCGAAGAAUCCUCCUCCCAAGAUACCAAUCCAGCCCCAGUACCACCCUCGCCAGGCCUCGCGACGUCACCAGCGCCGUCAACGCUGACAUUCUCAUCUGCGACUGGCUCGAGCCGAGCAGCGAGGAAACCCGCAAGCGUACGGACUCUAGGAAGGGCAUCGAGCGAGCAACUGUCGGCAGGCAGCUCCUCGACUGUGAAGCGGGCGACCUCUGUCUCCGCCGCGUCGCAGACGAGCAGCAGCUCGAGCAAGACCGUUCGAGCGACAGCCUCGGUGCCCCAGGUGCCCCCAGUGCCUGACCGUCCUGUCCAAAAGUACCGCCUGAACCCACGUUUACCUCACGAUAAAGAUGCGGAGCCAGCUCCGAGCACGAUCAUGUACUGGAGUCGGGCGUCGGUAUGGGGUGCUAUCCCGAUGAGGACGAUGCGGGCCCAUACGAUGACACUGGUGGACACUACGGCAUGGCUGAUUGGAGGGUGUGACGACAAAGAUAGCUCGAAGGACCUUUACUGCUUUAACACUGAGACGAUGCAAUGGACCCACCACGAUACAGUAGGCGACUUCCCGCCUCCAUCGCGCGCACACACGACGACUUUCUUUGAACGCAAGCUGAUCGUAUGCGGUGGUGGGCUUGGUUCGACGUAUUACGACACCGUCUACGUGCUCGAUACGACUACGCGGCGGUGGUCGCGGCCGCACAUCGCCCCUAACCCAAGCCCAGCACCCCGGCGAGCACAUUCGGCAGUGUGCUACCGCGGCAAGGUGUGGGUGUUCGGCGGCGGGAAUGGGCUCACGGCGUUGAACGACGUGUGGACCCUUGAUGUCAGCAACAAUGCAGGGGCAAGCACGUCGAAACCGAUGCGUUGGGAAGAGGUGCAGACAUUUGGGGUCAAGCCCGGCGCGCGGGGGUACCAUACGGCAAACCUGGUCGGGAACGUCAUGGUUAUCAUCGGAGGUAGCGAUAGCAAGGAGUGCUUCACGGACGUCUGGUGUCUGAACCUCGAUACUCUCGUGUGGACAUCCACGAUGAAGCCAGGCCAGCCAUCGCACAAGCGCCUCGCACACACUGCGACGCAGGUCGGCUCCUACAUAUUCGUCAUGGGAGGACAUACGAGCACUGAAUACGUCUCCGAGCUCUUGCUCUACGACCUUGUAUCCUUGCAAUACGAACUGCGUCCUCACAUGGUAUUAGGAAAGCCGCCCUCCGCUCGAGGAUAUCACGAGACGAUCCUCGCUGACAGCCGGCUCUUCCUAUUUGGAGGAUUCAAUGGGUAUACCGCCUUCGACGACGUCCACAUCCUCGAUCUCGCAGCUGGCGCAUAUCUGCCGCAGGUUACGAGCUUCUCGAUGGGCUCAGCUUGA